AUGCUCACUAUGGAGAAAAGACAAAUAGCUGCCAUGUUAUUUCUCUAUAGAAGAAUGAAAAAACGAAAGAGGAAUAAUCGGCUGCACUGGGUACACCCUAUCCUCACCAAACGGGUGGAAUUUGGUGCAUUUUAUACCCUUUUUCCAAAAUUAAGGGAGCACGAAGACAAAUUUUCAAAUUAUUUUAGGAUGUCUACGACAUCAUUUGAUGAAUUACAUUUGAAGUUAAAGGACUGUAUUCAACGCCAAGAUACAUUUAUGCGCGAAUGUAUUCAACCAGUUCAGAUGUUAGCCAUCACUUUGAGGUACUUGGCUAGUGGUUGCUCUUUCGUGGAUUUGCAUUAUACUUUUCUCCUCGGGGUUUCAACUAUCAGCAAGAUUGUUAGAGUAGUUUGCUGUGCUAUCUGGUCAGUGCUACGAUUAGAAUGCAUCCCAGAGCCAGAUAAAGACAAAUGGAAAUCAAUUUCCCAGAAAUUCGAAACUCGCGCCAACUUUCCAAAUUGUAUUGGUGCAGUUGACGGUAAACACGUCAGAAUAGUCCAUCCCCUAAAUUCGAUGCAUAUAAAUUAUAAAGGAUAUUCAUCUAUAGUUCUGAUGGCUGUAGCCGAUGCAGAUUACCGAUUUGUGUACGCAAAUAUUGGAGCGUAUGGAAAGGACUGCGAUUCUAACGUUUUUCAAAAAUGUCAAUUGUGGAGAUCUAUUGUUAACGGCACCAUGGAUAUACCUGAAGAAAAGUGUCUUCCAGGCUCGCAAGACAAAAAAAUUCCUUAUUAUCUAGUAGGAGAUGAGGCUUUUGGUUUACAUAAGCAUCUCCUAAAACCGUACGGUGGACAUAGUUUAACAAUCAAGAAGAGGAUAUUCAACUAUCGGUUAUCUAGAGCACGCAGGUUCGUGGAAUGUACGUUUGGAAUAUUAAGCAACAAAUGGAGAAUCUUCCAUCGUGCAAUUAACUUAGAUCCAGACUUUGCUACGGAUAUAGUGAAAGCUUGUGUAGUUUUACACAAUUUCGUACGCGACCGAGACGGCUUUGAAACGGAAGAUAUGUUGUCUAUUGCAGGACUUGAAAGUGACCCAGGAAAUCCCCCAGGGGAAAUGAGAAGAAAUCAGGCAACAGCCUCAGCCAAAAAUGUAAGAGAUGUACUCAGUAAUUACUUCAUGACUGAGAAUGGUUCAGUCCCUUGGCAGUUUUCAAAAAUCUAA